AUGCCUUAUACAACACGCCCGAGCCAACAAGACAGACUGCCCGUGCAGACCGUCUCCAUCAUGCCUCCUCCUAUGCUACGACCAGUAGCGAUGCCCUGCCCCCCUGCCCCAGCACCCUCCGCAGCACCCUGCUGCCCUCCGCCGACCAGCUACUCCGACGCCCUUGCGACUUUGGAUCGCUGCGCUGCGCUCGCCAGGCCGAUAUCUGACACCUCAGCAGCCGUGCUCGACAUCACCGACCCCGCGAGCUUCAGAGACUUCCUUGCUGGCAGAGACGGGGAUGCCGCGCCCGCCGCGCCCGCCGCCUACCCGGCCUUGAUCGACACCAGGAAGCCUAUCCUCAAGAAGCGCCCGCUUGUCGACGGCUACACUGCUCCCUCCGCAGACGCACCGGUCAAGAGGCAGCGAGGAGAGGGCGAGAGGGCGUUGGAGCGGAGGAGGAAGAAGAUCGUGUGGAAGCUUGGGUCGCUGCUCAAGGUCUCCAAGAAGGUUUACAGCAGGGUCGACGACAUCCGGCCCGUCUGCGUGUACUACCAGUGCAUCUGGGACUGCGCCAAGAAGGUGUGCGACUCGGCUGGGAUCCAGAUGAGCCGCGAGCUUGAGCAGCUGGAGCCCAGGGCCUGCGAGGGCUAUCGACAAGGGAAUGCAGCCACGGCGGAGCAGCGAGCGGAGCUUCUCCGGCGAGUCGGGAGGGCGGCGGAGCUUGCGGCCAGCAUCUCGAGCGAGCAGGAGAGGCCUGGGAUCAGAGACAAGUUUAUGAUGUAUGCAUGGGACGCCAUCUGCCCGAAGAGGCUGAAGCUGAGGGACUGCAGGAGCCGGCAGAAGCUGGCGGACUACAUCACCUACUGCAACGUGCUCUACACCUGCCUGCUGCCGUGCGAAGGAGAGCUGGGCGUGCAGGUCCCUCUGCCCCCUGGGCUGCCGGAGGCGAUGAAGGGCGAGGACGUGAGGAGGCUCAACGAGUACGCGUUCAAGGUGUGGCGUCUGUGCCAGUCAAUGCGGCCCCCGGAGGACAUGGGGAGGCGGUCGCUGAGAGGCUGA